CCGCAGGGGCUUGCCGAGAAAUCGUCUGUGCAGACCAUAGGUGAAGAACAAGUUCAGAAUCCUUACACUGAGCUCCUUGUGCUAAGAGGUCAUCAAGAUAUAGUGCGAUUUCUAGUGCAGAUAGAUGAAUAUCGAUUUGCAUCUGCAGGAGAUGAUGGAAUUAUAUUUUUAUGGAAUGCUCAGACUGGAGAAAAACUAUUUGAGCUACACGGACACACACACAAGAUUACAGCUGUUACAGCCUUUCCUUCACCUAGUGCUUGUGAAGAUGAAAAACAUUUGAUCUUAACAGCAUCUGCUGAUAGGACAGUUAUUGUUUGGGAUUGUAAUAGUGGCAGGCAAGUUCAGAAAGUAACUUCCUUCCAUUCUACCGUGAAGUGUUUGACGGUUCUUCAACGACUGGAUGUAUGGUUGUCUGGAGGGAGUGAUCUGUGUGUUUGGAACAGAAAAUUAGAUCUCUUGUGUAAGACUAGUCAUCUUACUGAAGCAGGUGUCAGUGCUUUGGUUGAGUUGCCUAAAACCUGCAUUGCAGCAGCUGUUGGCAAGGAAUUGAUCAUUUUUAGGUUGAUUGCUUCCACCAAUGAAUUAGAAAGUUGGGGUGUUAUUGAAGUGAAACGCCUGGUUGACCAUCAGGAUAACAUCCUGUCAUUGAUCAAUGUCAAUGAUUUGACUUUUGUUACUGGUUCUCAUGUGGGUGAGCUGAUAGUUUGGGAUGCAUUGGAUUGGACAAAGCAGGCAUCUGAAUGUGGCUUCUGGGAUUCCUCUCUUCACACAGACAUGCAGCAGGAAAUCAAGUUAACACAAAACCAAAAAGAAAUAUCAAUUCAGUGUCUAGCAUCUGAUGAGGAGUGUGUGUUUGCAGCUGUUGGGAAGGGAAUAUAUGUAUAUAAUCUUCAAAUGAAGCGUGUGAUUGCCUGCCAGAGAACAGCUCAUGACUCCAGUGUGCUGCACAUCGCAAAACUUCCAAACAGGCAGCUGCUAUCAUGUUCAGAGGAUGGCAGUCUUCGUAUUUGGGAGCUACGAGAAAAGCAACAGCUUUCAGCUGAGCCUGUUCCAACAGGCUUUUUCAACAUGUGGGGAUUUGGGAGGGCAAACAAGCAAGCAAACCAAACUGCCAAAAAGACUCAAGAAAGCAUGACUUUGUAUUCCUUGGAGCUUAUUGGUGACCUCAUUGGUCACUCAUCAGCUGUGCAGAUGUUCCUGUUCUUUGGUGAACUUGGACUGGUGACGUGCUCUGCUGAUCAUCUGAUUAUUUUGUGGAAAGAUGGAGAGAGAGAGUCUCAGCUGCGCAGUCUGACAUUAUUUCAGAAACUAGAGCAAAAUGGUGAUUUGCAACUUAGGUUCUAAGUUGAUUGGUAAGGGCUAAGCCUUGCAUGCACUGGGUGUGUAUUAAGUAUGAAUGUAAAAGGACAUUUGAACUAUUUAACAAAUCGUAAAUGCUGAGAAAUAACUGUAUAAUAGGACUUACCUUUGAAAUGCCAGACAAUAAAAUAAGUAUUUUUUCCAU